AUGACUUCGGCCUUGAUGCCAGCCUACACGGAUAGGGUAGCAUAUGGGUCGCACUCAGCUCGAUACUCACACCACCCCUACCACCAAGAGCGUCCACCAUUGUUGUCAACCGAUGUCGAUGCCAUUGUGGGGACUGCACAUGUGCAAAAGGCCGGAGCGUUUGUUCCUCGGACGGCUGAAGAUUGGAACGUCCACCGCGAUGUGAUCUCCAGCCUGUACGAGGAGUUGCCGCUACGUGAAGUGCAGAGAAUUAUGGAGACGAACUAUAACUUCAAAGCCACAAAGCGGAUGUACAACACCCGCCUGAAACGGUGGGAUAUCUGGAAGAACUACCGUGCCGAGGAGAAGGAGGAACUUGCCGGUCGCAUCGCCCAAGCACAUGUUGAAAACCGACCAAUCGACACCAUCAAUUUCAGGAACAAACCUGUCAAGGUUAACCGUGUGUUGAGGCAUUGCAGAACCACGGCUCGGAAACGCAGGGGGUCAACGACGCUUGAGGUCUCCAAGGUCAAGAAAGGAAAAGGAUCCGAGGCAUCGUCUGAAGACUCGACGGACUCAAACAGAGGCAGCACGGAUCGAGACGAAAUGGUUCGUGUGCCGAGGUCGCUCGGGGUCAACAUGACACGUAGGACUCCACGAUCCGGGAGCUCCUCAAGUGGCUUUGUCUUGCUCACUCCAGAGUCAGGAGAUACCAGUGCAACCAUCCUAACCCCCUCAGCAUCCGGGUUGAGCGACAAUGAGGUCGUGCCGUACAUCACCGGUGGCCAAGCUACCCAAGAGGAUCAAGUACCGAGCCCGGAUCCACCUAUCUUUCCAGCAAAGGGCCCGAUAAAUGUCGAACUCAUCCUUAACCAAACCCAAACAUAUUACCUGGCUCACCUGGAGUCCAUACGGUCUGAAGCGACGGAUAUCUACAAUGUGACUGCCGCGUCGAACUUGUUCUGGUCGAAUGUCAAGUCGGCCAUUUAUUUUCUGAAGAUGAAAACGCCGACACUGGCAUGGCCGCUGUUCAACGAGGCAUGUGGACUUGUUGGAGACGUGCUCAGCAAUUCACCAAUCUUGUUCUUGAAUAGUGUUUUUGCAGUCCUCUCCCCGGUCAACACUCGCAUAUGCCCAUUGGCUCGCAGCACAUUGCUCCGGCAUCUGUCAAACAUGGCUUCGAUCAAGUUGACCCCGCUUCACCCCCUGGCCAUCUUGUUCCGCGAGAUAGCGCAGGAGGAUGAAUUUGGCUUCACGUCCGAAACUGCAAUGUUGGUCACGCUGAAUCUGCUACGCCAACAUCUCGGAGGCGACCAUACUGGAACCUUCACUGUUCAGAGGUCGCUGAUCAGUCUGCUGCGCCGUGACCAGCGCCUUGUAGAGGCGAAGCAGCAGAGCGAGGAGCUGGUCAGAACGACGGAGCAAGCUUUGGUGUCGCAGGUCGGGCUUGCGAUCCAGGCGAAGAAGCCCACGAGCAUCAGCAUGACGGAACUGUGCAUUGCCAUGACGGAGCUUGUGCACGUAUACAUUGACAUGAAGGAAUAUGCGGUGGCCAAGGACAUUUGUGACAAGGUGAUUCAGAAUUACAAGAUGAUCCAAGGCCCGAGUUUUCCGGACAGUCGGGCGGCCUAUGCAAUGGAGGACAUGGCGCAGCUCAGUGAGCAGUUGGGAGACAACGGUGGCGCCACGUACUGGUUGGGACAGGCUAUGGAGGCGAGUUGCUUGCUGAGGGGUGAAAGUGAUGCGGCGACCCAGCACGUCAAGAAUAAGAUGGAUGAGUUGGUGAAGAAGAUGGUGGUUACAUGUGGCUGA